GUGUACUGCCUGGAAACUACGUGGGAACCCUAAUAACGCGGCGGUGGUGGUUCGUUUCUGUUGAUGGGGAAGAACAACAACAACAACAACUUAAGACCCCGGCAACACAAUGACGGUCCCCGGCUUCGGAGCACUGAUCUGGGCCGCUCUUCUUGUCAUCCACCAGGUGGCAGCGGAGUACGGCAUGGCCCAUUUCAGUGACGACCGCAAAGGGAAGGAUUACUGCAUCUUCUUCAACUCGCAGUGGGCUCGUCUGCCUCAGGACCUCAACAAGGCAUCGCAUCUCCAGCUCUACGACCUGACCAAUUCCGUCCUGUGCUCGCCUGCCGACGUCCCAGAGGGAGGCUUCCCCAACCGCAUCGCCAUGGUGAUGAGGGGCAACUGCACCUUCUACGAGAAAGUCCGCCUGGCCCAGAUGAACGGUGCAAAGGGCCUUCUCAUUGUCAGCAAGGACAGACUGACGCCGCCAGCGGGAAACAAAACUCAGUACGAGGAGAUUGACAUCCCUGUCGCGCUGCUCAGCUUCUCUGACAUGCUGGAGAUAAGCAAGACGUUCAGCAAGGGCAGGCUGGUGGCCAUGUACGCCCCAAAUGAGCCAGUGCUGGACUACAACAUGGUCAUCAUCUUUCUCAUGGCUGUGGGAACUGUUGCCGUCGGUGGCCACUGGGCUGGCAGCAAGGACCGCAAGAAGCGCUACAUGAAGCACAAGCGCGAUGACGGGGCGGACAAGCAGGAUGAGGAGACGCUGGAUGUGACGCCCAUCAUGAUCUGCGUGUUCGUGGUCAUGUGCUGCAGCAUGCUGGUGCUGCUCUAUUUCUUCUACGACAGCCUGGCCAUUUGGGUCAUAGCCAUUUUCUGCCUGGCGUCGUCCGUGGGCCUCUACAGCUGCCUUUGGCCUUUUGUGCGCCGUCUUCCUUUCUGCAAGUGCAGGAUUCCAGAGAACAACCUUCCCUACUUGCACAAGCGUCCUCAGGUGCGCGCCCUGCUGCUGUCGGUGCUUUGUGUGGGCGUCAGUGUCACCUGGAUGGUGUUUCGCAACGAGGACCAGUGGGCCUGGGUACUGCAGGACACCCUGGGGAUCGCCUUCUGUCUUUACAUGCUCAAGACUGUCAGGCUGCCAACAUUUAAGGCUUGCACUUUACUACUGACGGUGCUCUUCGUCUAUGACGUCUUCUUCGUGUUUAUCACGCCCUUCUUCACUAAGAGUGGCGAGAGCAUCAUGGUGGAGGUAGCGGCAGGCCCCUCUGACUCGGCCACGCACGAAAAGCUUCCGAUGGUGCUCAAAGUGCCGCGCUUGAACUCCUCGCCCCUUGCCCUGUGCGAUCGACCCUUCUCCCUGCUGGGCUUCGGCGACGUCCUGGUGCCAGGCCUGUUGGUGGUGUACUGCCACCGCUUUGACAUUUUGAUGCAAUCCUCCAGAAUCUACUUUGUGGCCUGUACAAUAGCAUACGGUGUGGGCCUGCUGAUCACCUUCGUGGCGUUAGCCGUGAUGCAGAUGGGCCAGCCGGCCUUGCUCUACCUGGUGCCUUGCACUCUGCUCACCAGCCUGGCGGUGGCGCUGUGGCGCAGGGAGCUGCCUCAGUUCUGGACUGGCAGUGGAUUUAUGCCUGCCAUAGCGCUUGCACCCAUCAGGUGUACGCAAACAACGGGGCCGCAGCCCGAGGGGUCGCCGGCCGCCGACGCAGCCAAUCAGAACGAAGAACCCGGUCUGCCUCAGGACACUUCCCUCGCCGAGAAUGAGGAAAAGCUCAACUAAAAGUGGCGCGUGUCCACCUCAAGUUUAUUUUCCACAUUGUGUUGCUUUAUAUGGACAUUAAAAGGGAAAAAGGAGCAGAGGCACUGCAAUCUCGUUUAUACCUCACCUUUAAAGGGAAUCAUAGACGGAAAUAUGUUUGCAUUUCAGGCCCGUUACGCCCAAACGCUCACUCACAACGGCAUUAGCUUGCAUGCAUCGUCGCUGUCCAACAAAAAGCGUGGAUCUCCACAUUUUAAUUGCAUUCAAAACCCAGAAAAACAUUUGUUUUUCCAGGUAAAAAACAUUUUUAUUCCAGUAUUAAAGAUAUUUUAAAAGUCUGGAAAAAAAGCCUGGAUAGAUUUAUUUUCAUUUGAAAACAAAAUUUGAGUUGUUUUUAAAUGAAAAUGGAGUCAAUAAGAUUUUCGGGGCGGGGAAAUCAUCUUAAUGUGUUUUUUUAAUUUUUUUACAUGAAUUAGUCUUUUGAAGGGAAUUGUUUUCUUUGUUUGAAUGACAAACAAAAUUUUGUGUGUGUAUAAUAACUUUUUUAAAACUUAACUGUUUUUUUCUUUCAGAAAAAAAACCCAAUGGUAAAUAAAAGAAACAAAUUCGGUAAUUAAAAAAGCUGUUUUCAGAAUAAAAAAAAAAAUGUAAAAGCAACAUUGCGGGUUUCUUUUACUUUUUUAAAAAUACAAAAUACUGGGAAUUUUUUUUUUAGCAUAAACCACCCUCAGUUUUUUAAAUGAGCUUUAUCUGAAACAAAGAAUAGUAGUUGUUUUUCCAUAUUUAAAAUAACAAUGAGGAACCGUGUGGAUGCUAUUUGUUGAUCAGCCUUGAUGAAAUUCAUGCGUCAAGUGACAAGAUGCUGAGAUCACUGUUGUCAACUGAGCCAAACUUUUUUUUAAUUAUGAUUUUUUUAAAGGUUCCCUUUUCUCUAUGCUACAUCUAUUUUUUUUCUUGUAUUCGAUGAUGUGGAUUCUCUCUCAAGUAUUACAAAUAUAAUCUAUAGUGCAGAUCUGAAAUUGUAUUGGUGGAGCAAUAACAUUUCAAAACAAAAUAAAGAAGCAGCACUUUGGAAGCCCACAGAAGUCAUUCAAGUUACAAGAGAGUCAAGUGACUUUGUAUGAAACAUUUGCACAACUCAUGCUACACAAGUAAAUUUCUGUGUUUUUAAAUAUAUAUUAGGUGUUAUACUAUGCUGUAUAGGUUUUAAAACCAAUGUACUCUUUAGUUUGGGAAGAUGAUGAUUUGUUUUCAGUGCCUCUAUUGAGGACAGCAUAGAACAAAACAUUGACUUUUGCAGUUGAGUAAAUAAACAAUAUUUGCGGAAAUAUGUUCA